AUGCCGACGUCGCUUUCGCGGUUUGGAACCGCACCUAGCCCGACCAGCGCGCAGUACGUGCUCAUCGCCGAGAUCCAGGCGCGCUACUACCAGUUCCUCCGUGCGGGCAACCCGACCUCGGGCUGGGACGCGACGUGGGACGCGACGGAAGGCCGGACAAACAGCGCCCUUGAGCUCGAGCACGUCUACGACGUCUAUGUAGAGCACAUCACCUGUCAGCUGAAACGAUGCUGCAAGUAA